UUUUGGAUGAUAUUUUGCUGCAUAUCACUUCUUCAAAUUCAGUAUCUGAUAAUUUGCUGUAUUGCCACUCAAAGAGAUGAAGAUCAGCCCUACAGAACUGCAUAUCACUUCCAACCUCCCAAGAAUUGGAUGAAUGAUCCUAAUGGGCCAAUGAUAUAUAAAGGAAUCUACCACUUAUUCUACCAAUACAAUCCCACAGGAGCAGUGCCAGGAAACAUAGUUUGGGCACACUCCACAUCAAGGGAUCUCAUCAACUGGACACCUCACCCCCCGGCUCUCUCCCGGGACACCCCAUCAGACAUCAACGGAUGCUGGUCGGGCUCAGCCACGCUCCUCGCCAAUGGCGAACCGGUCCUUGCCUACACAGGUGUCAACACACUGAACCAACAAGUACAAAAUCUUGCAUUCCCAAAGAAUCUCUCUGAUCCAAACCUCAUAGAGUGGAUCAAGCCAUCAUAUAAUCCUCUCAUGGCACCAACACAGCAGAACAUGAUCAACGCCACCUCGUUCAGGGACCCCACCACGGCCUGGUUAGGCCGUGAUGGGCGGUGGAGGUUGAUAGUUGGGAACAAGAUUGGCCAGGAUGGGAGAAUGCUUAUGUUUAGGAGUAGGGAUUUUGUGCACUGGUUUCAAACUAAGCAACCUUUGUACACAAGGAGGGAUACCGGCAUGUGGGAGUGCCCGGAUUUCUACCCUGUCUCGACUGGAGGCGAGGAUGGGGUCGAGACAUCCGUGGUCGGGAGAGGGGUGAAGCAUGUGUUGAAAGCUAGCAUGAAUGAUGGAUUCUUUGACACUUAUGCUAUUGGGAGUUAUGAUGUUGGGAGGGAUGUGUUUGUCCCGGAGAGAGGCUCGUUGAGGCUCGACUCGGAGAUGAGAUAUGAUCAUGGGAAGUUCUAUGCUUCAAAGACCUUCUUUGAUAGCUCAGUGAAGAGGAGGGUCUUGUGGGGUUGGAUCAAUGAAUCUACUGAUGCUGCCACUGAUAUCAGCAAGGGCUGGUCUGGCCUUCAGGCAAUUCCUAGGAAGAUUUGGCUUCACAAAUCAGGAAAGCAAUUGGUGCAAUGGCCAGUUAAGGAAAUUGAAAAGUUGAGAGAAGGGAGAGUGAUAUUUCCCACCAAAGAGCUCAGAGGAUCAGUUCUUGAAAUAUCAGGUGUGACAGCUUCUCAGGCUGAUGUGGAGAUUUCAUUUGAGAUCCCUACAUUGGAGAAAGCAGAGGAAAUGGACACAAGCUUGACUGAUCCACAAGAAAUUUGUAGCUAUGGAGCAGGCAAAGGUGGGGUGGGACCCUUUGGUCUAUUGAUGUUGGCAUCAAAGGAUUUGCAAGAAUACACAGCGGUUUACUUCAGAGUUUUCAGAGCUAAAACCAGAUAUGUUGUGAUCAUGUGCAGUGACCAAAGCAGGUCUUCGUUGAGCCUAGAUUACGACAAGCCUACGUAUGGAGCUUUCGUUGAUGUGGAUCCUGUGAAGGAGAAAUUGUCUCUAAGAACUUUGAUUGAUCAUUCGAUUGUGGAGAGUUUUGGUGGCGACGGAAAAGCUUGCAUCACAGCUAGAGUUUAUCCUUCCGUCGCCAUUGAUGGAGGAGCACAUUUGUUUGCCUUCAACAACGGGACAUACGACGUUAAGAUCUCGAAACUUGCUGCUUGGAGCAUGAAGGCAGCUCAGAUCAACUGAUGGAAUAACAAGCAAAGAUGAUUGAUGUAAACAAAUGAAAGUUUCUUGUUGUUCAACAUAUAGGAGUAUAUAACAAGAAAUGUCAUUCCUACGCUAUUUUUUAUGGCAUCUAAAAAUGAAUAGUCUUAACUCGCGCAUUCUUGUAGAGGAAUCAAUAAGAUUGUGAUGGUAUGAAAUGAUGAGUUAAAUCAA